AUGUCGACUCCUGAUGACUUACCAUGGCCAGAACUUGGCAACGUUUCUCGCGGCGCGACUCGAGGCAAUCAGGGCCAGAAGGGCGUUCUUGGGCCCCCCGAUCGAGAAGGGAGAUGUGUUUUGCAAUUGCGGGUGCAACCUGGCGUCCUUGCCGUGAAACUUAAUCGACAGGCAAGCGAUUGGUACCGCACCCUCGACAACGAAGUCAACCGUGCGCUCAAGAUGACGAAAACUUACUGGAGGAAGGCGCGACGACGGCAGGACUAUGAUGCACGAGCUGAUCAGGAUCAUAUGGAGUUGCAUGAAUGGCUCCAACAGUUGAAGGACAAAACCAUGUCGCAUCUCGAGCUCCUUAUGCAGAAAGGCGACAUCCAAGGGCCCCCCUACACUAUGGCAGACGAUAUCGAGCUUACGUUUCUCCGGAAAUUCAUCGAGCGACAGGCUGCUGGGAUUCCGCACAAUCCCCGUCUACGCAACUCCGUCGGAGGGGAAGCUCCAUACGUCCCCAGAGAACACUCCGUAGAGGAAUUUACGCCCGAACCGUCAGACCAAUCCUUCCUUGACCACAGACCCCCAAACGAACGCAUGCCUGAUGAUGCCAGCGCUCAUAUGACGCACUCUAGGACCUCCGGAUCUCCGCUAUUGCGCACUCCUGAAGGGCUUGCUUCAGAGGCAAGCUCGUCCAAGCAAGCACUUCAAGCCGCCCGAGCAUCCCUUCUGCGGGCGCAGAAGGAGACACAAGAUGCCUUUAUGCGUUACACUUCUUGCCUUGAUAUCGAACGCCAGGCCCGUCAGGCGGUGGCCAGCGCCGAAAAGCGUCGGGAUGACAUAAUGGCCAUCCUAUUAGCACAAAACCAGAUACCCAUGGACGCGAGGUCCAGAAAAUCAUCAUUAUCAGGCGAUGGCCGCAGUCCACCGCGGUAUCCCAUGGAAGAGGUCCGAAACCCUGUGGACCCGUUCAUGAACGCCCGAGUGCAGCAAAAGCCUAUGGAAUGGCCUACGGACGGGCAAGCCCUCUAUAACAGUGAGCCUAUACCUCACAUGGAGGACCAGAGUGUGCGGUCGAGGAAGCACUCACGGACAUGGGAACACACCCCUCAGAUGCAUGAGAAUGGCUAUCCUUGCGAGGUACCUGUCGGUGCUCCAGAAUACAUGGACUAUCGUAGUGACCGCCACUAUGCCUCCCAGGACAUCCCAGGACUCCCUCCGCGGAAGAGGAUGCACCAUGCGAUGAUCCCCGGCUUCGACGUAAUGAAUGGUACACCGCUACCGCCCCAGAACAUGACCCUCCAAUCAUGA